AUGGCAGCCCAAGAUACACAGAAAAGAGAAGAAAAGCACCAGAACUUCUUUUGCAUGAUAAGCGGAGGAAGGAAUGUAGUAUUUAAGGCUGUAAUGGGAUUGUUUCUGGGAAUUGUAAAGGCACAGAUGGACUUGGCAAGUGAAAUAUUCAAGGCAGAUAUAAGUGUAAAGAACGGAGAUCUUAUCAAGGCAGAAUCCAUAUACAACACGAUCUCUCAGCAUUUUAGAGACAACAGUGCUUUUCGGAAAAAGUAUGCAGAGUUUCUCAUGUCCAGAGGAGAGUAUAGUGAGGUAAUAAAAAGAUUUGAAAAGGAUCCAGAAAUAAAGGAAAAGACUAAGAGAGCCAGCGAAUGCUUGUCCAUACUCAUUAGCAAUAAUGUACGACUUAUUGCUACACUGAUAAAAGAAAGCCCUUACUCUAAGGCUGUCUUAGAAGCAUAUAUCCAGGUGUGCUUAAUAGACGAAAAACUGGAGGAAGCAGAAAAAUUCGUCAAAAAGUCAAUGUCUUUUUUUCCAAAUGAGUCUGCAUUUUUGCGCCAAGAGAUGCAAUUGUAUUUCUUGAGAGGAAUGUUCUCUACGGGUAUAAAGAUGCUGAAUAACUUGAAAUACAAAGAGAUUGCAUCUUUGUUUGCAUCUAUUCUGGAGGAUUAUGAAAGGAUAAAAAAAAGCAAUCUAAGCAGUAAGGAUAAGUGCAAAACAUUGGACAGGCUGGUGAGAACUAUUUCGUUGGCAGAAAGCGAUAGUAACUUCUUUCCGAGUAUAUUCUCAACCUUGAAGUUGAAUGUGAUCUUUGAUCUGUGUAAAAGCGGAGUUGAGGGUGGAAUGCAGGGACUAACAAGUAGGGCUCAGUAUCUUCAUUCGAAAAGAAACAAUGAUGACACAAUGUAUUUGUAUACUAUGGCACUGACUCUUGACGGAAAUAUUGAGGAGGCAGAGGAGAAAUUUAGACUGUUUAAGUUCCGAAAUACAAAGCUCAGAAAUCACAUUUCACAUCGUUUGGAAGUCGCAAAGGAGGAAAGAGAAAAGAAAAGAAGAGAAAAGGAAGAAAAAAGGCAUAGAAGACAGCAGUACAUGGAAGAAAACUACGGCGGAAUUCCUAGAAACAAAGGAGAUUUCCUUGGAUACUAUAAGAUGCUUGGAUUCAAAGAAGAUGAGAAGCCUGACGAAAAAGAAAUAAAAAAGGCAUAUCGAAAGAUAGUUGUUAAAAACAAGAAGAAGAAAAAGAAUGAAAAUGAAGAAAAGGAAUGGGAGGAAAACUUCAAGAAGAUUAAUAAGGCUUUCGGGGUGCUUGGGGAUAAAAAGAAGCGAGAUAUGUAUGAUAAAGGAAUAGACCCAGAUAAUCCUCAGCAACCUUCGCCAGGUUUUGGAAAUGACCCAUUCCAGAAAAUAUUCAAAGGAUUUGGAAAUUUCAGAUUUUUCGACUUCCCAAAUCAAGGGAGAAGAGGAAGAAGAUCCACAACCACAUACUUUUACUUCUGA